GCAUUAUAUACAUAAUGCGUGGUUCUCGCUUAUGGAGCAUAGUUACCUUGUUGAUUUUAGUAAUUCUUGUACGAUUUCUUUUUUUAGGUAAACACGACAAACCCAAUAAGAGAUCAGUUGGAAAUGGCAGAAAAAACGAGUCUAGAAAGCCUAAAUUUAAGGGCACACCACCUCAAAAAAUCGACUUAUUUAUGAACUAUAUAAAAGCACAUCUGCCUAGUGUUUCUUUGGUUGAAGCGAAAGGUAUUUUUCCCCGUAAAUAUGAAGUUCACGGACAUGUGGUUGUAGUUCGCAUGAAUAAUAAUAUCACUAUUGAGCAGUUUUCCCCAUUUGCGGAAGCUUUUGCUAAAUCAUUUUUGCCUAUUAUAAUUGAUGUGAUUCUAGUCGACACCAAAGGAAUCGAGGGUGAGUUGAGGAUUCCAACUCUGGUCACCGUCUACAGUGCACCAAGUGCAAGCCUUUCUUCGUUUUCGGAAAAAAAUAGGAGCUUCAUUCUGAAAAAAUGGAAAGAAUUACGAUCUAAAGGUAUUCACUCCCAUGUUUCCGAGGAAGAGCUGCACCUCCUCUUAGGGAAUUGCUUUCUAUCAGAAACUAUGACACUUCAUGUAGAAAACGGAGUUCGUUAUAGUUUCGAUGUACGAAAGGUUAUGUUUUCAAGUGGAAAUACAACGGAACGGAUGCAUUUUGCCACCGUAGAUGCCUCAAAUGAGAUUGUUGUUGAUAUGUUUGCUGGUAUUGGCUACUUCACUAUUCCGAUAGCGAUGCAUGGAUCUCCAUCCGAGGUGCAUGCUCUCGAAAAAAAUCCAGAUAGCGUUUCCUUUCUGAAACUUAAUGCUAUACAGAAUGGCGUGAGCCACAUCGUGAAACCUGAAUGUGGUGACAAUCGACUUAUUGGGGAUAAGUUGCAGGGCCGUUGUGACCGUGUUUUCAUGGGCUAUAUACCAUGUUGUAAAAGUUUUCUCAAGCGGGCUGUUUUUUUCCUUAAGAAAAGUGGAAAUGACAUUCCUGUUGGCAUUAUUCACUACCAUUUUCUUUCCGAUAAUGUGAACGCCCGUGGGGUAGUCUAUUCUCAUGUCAGGGAAGAGCUUGGAGAUUUUCUAGCUUCUGUAGUCAAAUUGAAGGAUCUUAGAUGCAUCAAAUCGUAUGCACCAAAGCGCUUUCAUUUUGUCGCUGAUUUGUCCUUCUUGUAGGAAGAUGUUGAUGUGUUCAGGUAGGGAAGAAUUUCCCAUAAUUUGAAAAUUAAUCCUUGAUUCAACUGAGUAAACGAUUCACGAUAAGAAAAUUUGUCGGGAUUUAAUUUCAAUGCUAAAGUACCAUAUGAUUGAAGAGUGAAUGAAUUUUUAAAAUCCUUAUUCCU